CGUCUGCAUUUUACUAUACUAUUAUAGUCGGCGUAUUUAAUAGUUGUUGUUUUUGAAACCACAUUUUUAAGUUAGCUUCGCUGUAGGAUGGAUUAUAUUCUUGUACAUCUGUUCUGUCUUUUCUUCUUGGAUUUAUCCUCGGGACAGAUCGUGUAUUCGGUCGCAGAGGAAGUAAAUGAGGGAACCGUUGUUGGGAAUCUAGCAAAGGAUCUGCAUAUAAUCGUUCAGGAUCUAGAAUCCCGAAUGUUUCAGAUGAUUUCUGCAUCUAACAAGAAAUAUUUUGAGGUCAACCUGAAGACCGGGGCGUUGUUUGUUAAUGAGAGGAUUGAUCGAGAGGCGUUGUGCUCCACAUCUCGGAAAUGUUCCGUCCAUUUAGAGGCUAUGGCUCACAAUCCGCUAAGGAUGUUUCGUAUUGAGGUAAAUAUAAUAGACAUAAAUGAUAAUGCUCCGAUUUUUCCGAUUAGUAGACAGAUACUUAACCUAUCAGAGGUUUCUACACCUGGAGAGAAAUUCGCAUUAUCUUUGGCUGAGGAUCCAGACACAGGUAGCAAUGCAGUGAAAACCUAUAAAUUAACCCAUAACGAACACUUUACAUUAGAUGUACAGAAUGGGGAGGAGAUUAUCUCCGUCGAGCUAGUGUUACAGAAAGCUUUAGAUCGAGAAAAGCAGGCAGUUUUGAAUCUAGUACUGACUGCGAUAGAUGGAGGAAAACCUUCCAUGUCUGGCACAUUAGAGAUCACUGUAAAUGUUUUGGAUGUUAAUGACAAUUCUCCAGUUUUCAGUCAACCGCUUUACAAAGUAAAGGUGAAUGAGAAUUCCUCUUUUGGCACGCAGGUCAUUUCCCUUGCAGCAACAGAUUUAGAUGAGGGAGUUAAUAGUGAAAUCGUAUAUGCUAUAGUAAGGCAAGGCAAUGCUAAAGGCGCGGAUCUGUUUUCAAUUCAGCCUGAAAGUGGACUUUUAAUUGUUAAAGGCGAAAUAGAUUAUGAAGAAAACCCUGCUGUUGAAUUAAGAGUUGAAGCGAAGGAUAAGGGUCAUCCUCCAAAAAGUUCUCAAUGCAAAGUUUUGGUUGAAAUUAUUGAUAUGAAUGACAAUCCACCUGAAAUAUCGAUGACCUCACUCACGAGUACUGUCCAAGAGGACUCUAAAGACGGCACAGCGGUGGCAUUAUUUACAGUUUCUGACAAGGAUGGAGGCAAAAACGGAGUGGUGCAUUGCAACAUUUUAGGUGCAGUUCCGUUUAAAAUAGAGUCAUCGUACAGAAAUUAUUAUUCAUUAGUUGUAAACGGGCCAUUGGAUAGGGAAAAAGUCGCAGAGUAUAAUAUUACGAUAAAAGCCACAGAUGAAGGGAGUUCACCAUUGUCUAGCAUCAGUGUUUUGAAAGUUCAAAUUGGUGACGUCAACGAUCAUGCUCCUGUCUUUUUAAACCCCAUCAUAAAUGUUUGUGUUAAGGAAAACAGUCCAGCUGGGAUUCCGAUAGCACGGGUAAGCGCACAUGAUGCAGAUGUGAACGAAAACGCGCUUGUAUCGUAUGCACUGCUUGGUAGGGGGAAACCCGACUUUUCAUUCGAAAUAAACUCGGAAAGUGGAGAUAUCUACAGCAAACUAUCUUUUAAUUAUGAGGAGAUCAAGAUGUUCCAAGUUCGAGUUCAGGCUAAGGACUCCGGAGCUCCACCUCUGAGCAGCAAUCUGACCGUGAACGUUUUUAUAAUCGACGAAAAUGAUAACGCCCCCGUCAUUCUCCCUCCUUAUUCUGAACCUGGAUCACUAAACACUGAGAACAUUCCCUACUCUGCUGAAGCGGGCUAUUUUGUAGCUAAAGUCAGAGCUGUAGACGCUGAUUCAGGUUAUAAUGCUCUAUUAUCUUAUCACAUAACCGAACCAAAGGGAACGAAUCUCUUCCGAAUCGGAACCAGUACAGGAGAAAUAAGGACUAAAAGAAGAAUGAGUGACAAUGACUUAAAAACACACCCUCUUAUCAUCACUGUCUCGGAUAAUGGAGAACCUUCACUGUCCACAACUAUGAGUAUUGAAGUUGUGGUUGUGGAAAAUCUGGACAACCUUCAGACUUCACUAAGACAAGUGCCAGUAAAGGAGGAUAUUUUUUCGGAUCUGAAUCUCUAUCUGCUCAUCGCUAUUGUCUCAGUGUCAGUGAUCUUUUUACUGAGCCUCAUCGCUUUAAUGGCAGCUAAAUGCUCCGGCAGGUCCAGUGUUCCAGUGGUCACUACACACCCUGAUGGAAGCUGGUCUUACGCAAAAUCUACUCAGCAGUAUGAUGUGUGUUUUAGCUCAGACACGUUGAAGAGUGAUGUAGUGGUUUUCCCCUCGCAGUUUCCGCCUGCAGACGCAGAGCUGAUCAGCAUUAAUGAAGGAGACACUUUUAACAGGACACAAACUCUUCCGAGUACUACAAAGGUAGGAGAUAUUUAUGUUUAUAUUCUAUUUGGGACAAAUUUAUUUAGGCUGCAAGUUUGUAAUUCUGUAGUACGUUUUGUUACUUUGUUUUAUGGUGAUUCAUUACAGUUUAUAUGA